AUGCCGCGACGAGCUCGUCAACAAUCGGCGAGCGUGUCAAGCGCUGUCGCCGAAGUCAAUGGGCUCCCGCCUGCACCGGUAUCAGCUUCUAAGUCGCCGUCGCCAGUCGCGGCCCGCCACAAGCGCACACGGUCUACAGCGAGUCAACCAGGAUCGCCUGGCAAACUCGCGCAAGCUCUAACUACGAGACCGCACCAGGAUGUCGUGGAAGCUGCGCCGCUCAAAUUUAUAAUCGCGGUCCUCAGCAACAUGCUCCUGAGUGGUGUAGUGCGCUACGUGCUGGCGACAUACACGUCAUUGGGAAGUGGUCAGCUCGGCGCCUUCUCAAAGAAUCCCGAAGAAAAUCCAUACACUCUGGCUGUCAUAGGCUGGCGCAUCUUGACAUUGGCGGUCUACUGGUUCGGAGGCUUUGAUGCAUACGAUGUUGCAUCCUUGACGGUACUCAGCGCUACCCCAAUCGCGAUCCUCCAGUUCCUUUUCUACAAGAUCAAGCCACAAGUCAUGGCCAUUGAGAUCGCGACCAGUGUCAUCUCGUCCGCGGUGCCCUUCUACCUACUCCGCUCGAUCGCACCAGCACAUCAUCCAGGCGACAAAUCCACAAAGUUCUCUCUGCGCAACCGAGCCAUCCUGACGGAUCCAUACACAGCCACAUACACGUCGAUAUUGGGAGCAGCCAUCCUUGCUGUGUUCCUGGAGCUCAGUUUCGAGACCUAUCUGCCGACCUUUCUUAUUAGGGAAUUCACCUACAUCUCUACGCUCGAGCCCGCGCAUAGGGGCGCAGCUCAGCUACCCAUCCUGGUCUUGUCGCUCCUACCAGCAGGCGUCGCGUUCCGCUCCUUCUUAUUUGCGCCGAGCACUUCAGUACCUGCUGUUCCGGUCAAUGAACUCGAUACACAGUCUGCUGGCUUCGUCGAGCAUCUCAAGUGGAACCUAUGGGAUGAGGGUAUCAGCCUCCGAGGCGCUGUCGGUUAUGCUGGCAUCUGGGCACUCGGUUACAGCCUGGUGACAAUCGUCCUGGACUGGGUCAGCAAGCCAGCAGAUCACUGA